AAUGGUUGUGAAAAUCAAAAUCCAAAAACUAUAAAAGAUUUUUUCUUUAAGAAAGUUGCAAUUACUCAACCUUUGUAUGAGACUACUCUACUAUUUGCUAUACUAAAUAUAGCUAGUGUUAAUGAAAAUGGCCCAUCAACUGAACAAAGAGAACGUAUUGAGCAA